UGUUUUGACUACAAAUUCUUACAAUUUCAUCACAAAGAACUACAGAGAUUUAAGUAGAAAUUAAAAACAAAAAUAAAAAAGUUAAUAAUAUUUUAAAAACAAAUUUCUAUAAAUAAAAAAAAAACUAAAAACAAGUUUCCCUUAACGAAUAUCAUUUAAUAAAGUUAAAUAUUCAAUAACGUAAAAAUCAUGCCUGCCAGAAGAAAAGCUAGUGGUCUUCAAAGUCCCCAAUCCGAUGACACUGAUAAAGAUACAGAAGCCUAUCAAUUGAAAAGAAAAAGAAACAACGACGCCGUAAAGAAAACCCGUGAAAAAUCUAAACAAACUGCCCAAGUACGCAAAGAAAAUGUCAAUAAUUUACGUAUAAAGAACAAAGAAUUGGAAGCCACUAUCGUAGAAGUUAAAGCCAAUAUAGAAUAUUUAAAAAAUGCACUUUUGCACAAAGUCGAUUCAUCUAAACAUAGUGAAGUUAUUCAACAGAUACUUGAACAGGAAUCAGAUGAAGAAGAGAAACAAGACAUUGCAGCAGGGGACGUAAUAUAAAUAUGUUAAAAUAAUGGCAAUACACUGAAAAUAACUAGGACUUUUUUAAUGACAAGAAAAAAAAAUGAGUUUUAAAGUGUAAAAUUAUUGCAAUUACUAAAAGUUAUUAAAUAUUUGUACAAGGAUGUAGUUUAGAUGAAGUAACUGUCGUAUUCAUAAUUAAUCUUUCAUUCCCGGCCAAAAACAGAAAUAGACAAAAAGUAAUUUGAUAUAACUACAACAAUAAACUCUGUUAUAAAUAAAACUUAAA